UAUGCCUGUCUCAUACGAUAUGAGUUCUAGUGGAGGAUAAUUGGAGGGAGGAAACUAAACCCAACCAACAACGGUAAGGCUUAAGUCCCCUAGUUUCCCAACCAGCUCCCAUGGCUUCCGCUGGGAUUCGUGCUUCACUCCCUCCAACCUUGACUCACGCUUACCAUCAGAAGCUACAAUCAAAUUAUCAACCUUGGAAGGCAACACGAUUUUACCUGGCUUGUCGAAAACAAAGUUCUGUCGGAGCUAGUGGUGUCAAGGUGCCCAAGAUGUACUCUCUUUCAUUGCAAGCCUUUUCAAGAGAAGGUGGAAGUGUUGUGCAUGAUGUCCAGUUUCCUGCGGACUACACUGAGCUUCUCAAACAAGCAACAGUAGCAACUGAACUUGCCCUGAAAGAUGACAAACAGUUGUUGGAAAUUGAAAUUCCAACUGCCGGACUUGCAUCUGUGCCAGGAGACGCUGAGGGAGGGAUAGAAAUGACAGAAAGCAUGCAGCUGAUUCAUGAGUACUGUAAACGUUUUGUGCCUUCAGAAAAAGUAACAAAGACUAGAAUAUUCCUUCCAGAGGCCAAUGAAGUUGUAUUUGCCAAAAAAACUGUUUUUCAAGGUUCAUUGUUCAAGCUAGACUAUCUUACAAAGCCAUCGCUGUUCGAAGAUUUUGGUUUUGGCUCAAAGAUCAAAAUGGCAGAUCGUGUUAAACCUGAGGACCAGAUAUUUUUGGUUGCAUAUCCUUACUUCAAUGUCAAUGAAAUGCUUGUUGUUGAAGAGCUUUACGAAGAAGCAGUCAGGAAUACUGAACGUAAGCUGAUUAUAUUCAAUGGAGAACUUGACCGUAUUAGGACAGGCUAUUACCCACCUUUCUUCUAUCCAAAGCUUGCAAAACUUUCCAAGACAUUCCUCCCUAAGCUGGAGUCUGUUUACUACAUUCACAAUUUUAAAGGCCAAAGAGGAGGAACACUGUUCAGAUGCUAUCCUGGACCCUGGAAGGUUCUGAGGAAAGUAAAUGGUAAGUAUGUGACUUUACAUACGCAGGUGUCAAUGCCUACUCUUAAGGAAGUUGCUUUGGACAUUCUUCCUUCAGCUUAAGAUGUGAAAGGUCUUAUUAUUUGUUGCACCAAGAACCUUCUGCUGUUUUCAUGUGGAUAAUGGAAUUGUACUGAAUCUCUUCCAGUGAUUGCCUCAGUUCAGUAGUUACACUCUGGCAUUUUUUUUCAACUCCCAGUUGGCCAAUUUUGGUUUACAAUGGAAGAUUGUUAACUUGAAAAAUAAUGCAUGUUGUAAAAGGAAUGCAGUUGAAAUUUUUUAUUUGCAUUGGUGAAUGUAAGAUGAUUCCAAAGAUAAUAUGAUGGUUCCGAAGAUGGAUUCAUCAUAUAUAAAAUUGACAGCACAAGGUACCAUGCUUCAUUUUUUUUUUGUUGGAUUUUAGUUGUUUAUGAUGAACUGAAGGAAUAGCAUGAAUAAGAUGGCUAUCUUCUUUUGAAGGUC